GGCCCAUAUACAAUGUGAAUACGGUUCAAGAUAUAAUCCUGCGUCUGUGUGCGUAGAGUGUAGCGUGCCACCGGAUUUCGUUUUCUCUUCGUUGUCUAGGGUCCGUGCAGCUUCUCAAUCAUGCAGCCAAACGGAGUUGCCCCACCGCCGAUGGCGCCGAUGCAAACCAAUCCGGCUCAGCAUCCACCGCAGUACCCGCCGUGGAUGUCGGUGCCUCCACCGCAAGCUCAUCCUCCGACCGUCUGGCCUCAGCAGCCACCGCCGAUGCCGCACGCCAUGCCUCUUCCUCAUCAGCCACCGCCGAUGCCACAUGCCAUGUCUAUGCCUCAACAGGCUCAACAGUACGGUUCUCUCCCCUCCGGUGCGACUCCCGUCUCUGCAUCGGCCCCCAACGAGAUUAAAUCUCUGUGGAUUGGGGACUUACAGUACUGGAUGGAUGAAAAUUAUCUUAAUGGCUGCUUUGCUCAUACCGGAGAGCUUGUGACCUCAAAGGUCAUCCGCAACAAGCUAACUGGUCAAUCUGAGGGUUAUGGAUUUAUCGAGUUUCGGAGUCGAGCAGCUGCAGAUAAUAUCUUACAAACAUAUCAUGGAUCACUCAUGCCAAAUUCUGAUCAAAACUUCAGGCUGAACUGGGCAACAUUUGGAGCUGGUGAGAGGCGUGAUGAUACACCAGAUUUCACCAUCUUUGUCGGAGAUUUGGCUGCUGAAGUGAACGAUGAAUGUCUUCUAGAAACUUUUAAAGCCGUGUAUUCAUCGGUAAAAGGUGCAAAAGUUGUCACUGAUAGGGAAACUGGACUUUCCAAGGGCUAUGGAUUUGUCAGGUUUGGAGAUGAGAGUGAUCAAUUACGUGCCUUGACUGAGAUGAAUGGUGUGGUGUGCUUAAGUAGGCCUAUGAGGAUCGGACCAGCUGCUAACAAGAACCCUGUUAAUACACAUCAGAAAGCUACAUAUCAAAAUCCUCAAGCUAGUCAAGGCGAGAGCGACCCUAAUAAUACAACAAUAUUUGUUGGGGGUUUGGACCCAAAUGUUUCAGAGGACCAUUUGAGAAGUGUAUUUUCACCAUAUGGUGACCUCAUUCAUGUCAAAAUAGUUGCAGCUAAGCGGUGUGGUUUUGUCCAAUUUUCUAAUAGGGCAUCUGCUGAGCAAGCUUUAUCAGGCCUUCAGGGAGUCAAGCUAGGAGAGCAGAAUGUCCGUCUUUCAUGGGGACGCAACCCAUCUAGCAAACAGGCAGGCCAGACUCAGUGGGGUGGUGCUGGUAGUGGAGGCGCGGGUGGUGCCUAUUACGGGUAUGCACAAGGUUAUGAUGCCUAUGGAUAUGCCCCUCCUGCACAAGACCCUAACAUGUACUAUGGAGGUUACCCUGGAUAUGCAAAUUACCAACAACCCCAGCAGUGAGAGCAGCUACGGCUUGUGACCUGUCAGUCGAUCAUGGCAGGCUAGGUCUGUCAUCAGUGCAAUGUGACUGGUUUUUAUGAAGAUGCUUGGUGAUUGGCAUGCCACUCGGAGAUUUUUCUUUUUCUUUAGUAGAGUAUGUGUGGAUGGGGGCAGUUAUCCAUAUCAAUGUCCAAACAUCUCUUGGUCCAAUGGUCUGUAAUCCAUGUUGUCCUGGCUUACUUUUAUCUUGAAUCUUGGCUUGUCUUUUGGUUAAUUUACUUUAUGUUAUUUAUCAAAUUUGAAUUAAUGUUCAUCAUGUCAUUCUUGUU